AUAAAUAUAUUAACACCAACAAAGUUCAAGUAGCAUAUGUAUCAUAUAUCAAUCACCAUUUGAGACCUUGGACGUUGCGGGCAGGAUGGUAUUCAACAAGAACAGAAAUACGCUGGUAAUUGUUACCGGUGUUAUAACCUUGAUAGGGUUGAUUCUACUCAUAGUUGGAAUCGUCCUCAUUGCGAAAGCUAAGGAAAAAUCUAGCGAAGACUGCAAUGCUGGUGUCUCUGGUGCAAGCGGCGGGGAAGACGCCAAUCGUUGUAGUUAUUCCGAGGAGGCCAAGAGAGCAGGUGUCGACAAAUUCCUCCAGAAAGUUCAAGAUACUUACUAUGAUCUUCAUCCUCAAGAUUUAAUUUUCAAACCUGGGGGCGUUAAGAAUGAAGAGUUUAUGACGAAGUUUAAACCGUACAAUCCAGAACCCAGAAACUUGAAGAAAAUCACCGACAAAGCCCGACAACUUCUAAAUGAACUGGAUGAUUUAGGUGUCAAUACGCUUCGCUUGAAACCGCGUGAGAAAAAAGCUGUGGCACAACUCAAGCACUACCUUCAAAACAACUUCGGAAAGCCCUACGACUCAGAUUAUUAUGCCGGAGAUUUUCUUAUGGGACCAAAUUUGUUCUGCUGGCAAGAGAUAUGCAGCGUCGGCUCCUCGGACAUUAGAUAUGGCCUGGGAAAUUUCCACCCCAAGAAUCUGGACGAUGUGCGAUUGUUUCUCAGUAAAAUGGAGUUGGUGGCAGCGACUUUUUCGACAUACGUCAACAACUUGCGGUUGGGGAUCAAAGCUGGUAUGGUUCGCUCAGUUGAAGAAUGUAAAGCCGGAAUAGACGCAUUCAAACGAAAUUAUUUGCAGGUAUCGCUUCAAGGAGAGCAAGGAAUUUUUGAUGAAGAUUACAUGAAGCCAAUCUUUGCUGCCAAGUUUCUGGCCGGUUUGAAACCCAGCCAUUUAGAAGAGUGGGAAAAAGAGAAUCAGAUGACUGUCAACGUCUCCAUCCGGGAACACGCCUUGAAAUAUAUUAGUAAAUCUAUCCUAGAUGUGAUCAAAUUUCUAGAAACAGAGAACCUUCAGCACUGUGUUCCAAGUUCUAUUUCAAGUGGCCUUGCGAAGCUUCCGCUCUCACAUGUGUACGAAAAUGGAAGCCAAACAGCGGAGAACACAACGAAACAGUUGCCAACCGGAGAAAAACUGGACGGGAAAAAAGCUUACGAAUCUAUAUUACCAUAUUUCACGACGAUCUCCAAAACACCCGACCAGGUUCACGAGCUUGGAAACGAGAUGGUUAAGAAACUUUACCCUGAGGUUCUUGAAAUCGCUCGCGAUGUGACAAAAGAAGCCGACAACGACACGGCGAAGGAACGCUUUAUAAAGCGACUGAAUAAUUCGGACAUGUAUUUUGCUGAAAAGCCGAUCCCUGCCAAUGAGUCUGAUGAAAACGCGCACAAGCUCUGCAGCUCUGUAGAAGGAGCAAGGAAGUAUUGUCCAGUACGCUGGGAGGCUAUGCAAAACUGGUUUGCAGAGGCUAGGAGGGUGAUGAGUAUGCUGGACCCCCAGACAACCGACAUGUUUCAUUUUUCCGGCCUAAAGCAUACCACACCAAACUGUCCUGUAGAUAUGGCGCCAACCUUCAACCCGUCGAAAGGAGCUCAGAGUUACAUGCGAAGCACCAAAGACUGCAGCAGAAACUCGCUGUACAACAUUCCGUUUUUCAUGGAAAGGCCUGGGCCUAAGUAUUCUGAGUGGAGCGUAAAUGCACAUGAAGCGAGACCUGGGCACCACACACAGGUUCAAGGACUUGUCGAGCAUUUUCGUGACAGCUGUGGAGGUGUGAUUCUCUGGCUGGACAGCUCCACCUAUUACACGGCCUUCACUGAGGGCUGGGCACUUUACGCUGAGAAUCCACUGAUUGCUAAAGAAACAAAUGUAUAUGCCAACGAACCCUUUCAGAAGUAUGGUAUGCUAAAGUGGCAAGUUUGGCGCGCUCUCCGCCUUGUUGUGGACACGGGUUUGCAUUACAAAGGUUUCUCACGAGCUGAAGCCCUAGACUACUUUGCCAAGUACGCCUGGGACACUAGUGAUACAGCAGAGAAAGAGAUUACUAGGUACCAGAGUGAUCCAGGACAAGCAACUGCCUACAUGAUUGGUCAGCUUAAAAUCAUGGAGCUGCGAGAUUACGCCACCAAAGAACUUGGAGACGAUUUCAACUUGAAAGACUUCCACUUCUAUCUCUUAGCACAAGGAUCUGCUCCACUGAGCUAUCUGGAGGAAGGUAUUCACGAAUAUGUUCGAUGUGCUAAAGAUAAGGACCAAGAAGGAUGUAAGGAUGUACUGAACCCCGUGGCUCCCGAAGGAGAGCAAGUCAAUGAGUUCGUGGGAGUGGUCGGGGAAGAAAGCUUCGAGCCAAUAGAGAGACCCUUCCUAGAAGACUACAUAAAGUCGGUUGAUGAACCGUAUCAAGUGUCUGUCACGCAAGAGGUGUCUUUCACUCGAUGUAAACACAAACACAAGAAUCCAUCGUUGUUAACUGGCUGGAAUAUAAUGGCAAAGCUGAAAAGUCGUAAUAAUUUAAAGCUUAUCGCUGGAGUUGUCGCUUUAGCUGGAGUCGUUCUUCUUAUCGUUGGAAUUGUUUUGAUCGCAAAAGCCAAUAAUGAGGAAUGUACACGUAGCGAAGAACCUGAGACGGGUCGAUGUGGUUAUUCCUCAGAAGCGAAGCGAGCGGGCUUAGAUAAAUUUCUCCAAAAAGUUCAAGACACGUACUUCGAACUUCACCCUCAAGACUUAAUUUUCAAACCCGGUGGUGUAAAACCAGACGAGUAUUUAGCUGAGUUCAAACCGUACAAUCCAGAACCCGAAAACUUAAAGCGAAUCACGGACACUGCGCGACAACUGGUAAAGCAAUUGAAAGAUUUGGGUGUUAACACGCUUUUCUUGAAGCCGCGUGAGAAAAAAGCCCUGGCGCAAGUCAAGCACUACCUCCAAAACAAUUUUGGACAACCCUACGAUUCAAAUUACUACGCUGGCGAUUUUCUUAUGGGGCCGAAUCUUUUUUGUUGGCAACCAAUUUGCAACGUUGGGCACUACGAUAUCCGAAUGGGUCUUGGAAAUUUACACCCGCGAGACCUAACUCAAUUACGUGUGUUUCUUGAUAAGACAAAGUUAGUGGCACACACUUUCUCGACAUACAUCGAAAACUUGCGGAUCGGUGUCAAAGCUGGUAUGGUGCGCUCAAAAGAGGAAUGCAGUGCUGGACUUAAAUCAUUCAAACGAAGGUAUUUGCAAGUAUCGCUGCAAGGCGUAAAAGGGAUUCACCACGAAUACUUCAUGAAGCCAAUAUUUUCUGAACAAUUCGUAUCUGACUUAAAACCAUCCCACUUGGACGAGUGGAAAAAGGACAAUGGGAAGACUGUAAACGAGUCCAUUCGGGAAUACGCCGAAGAAUAUAUUGGUAGACCCAUCCAUGAUGUAAUCAGAUUCCUAGAAACAGAGAACCUCAUGCACUGUGUGCCGAGCUCCAUCUCCAGCGGUCUGGCAGAGCUUCCACUCUCAUCUGUGUACGUAAAUGGGAGUCGAACAGCGGUGAGCACAACCAAACAGCUGCCAACCGGGGAAACGUUGGACGGCAAGAAAGCUUACGAAUCGAUCCUACCUUAUUUCACGACAACAAGCUUGUCACCGGACGAAAUUCACCAACUUGGGAACGAAAUGUUAGCGAAACUGUAUCCAGAGGUUCUUGAAAUCGCACGCAGUGUGACGAACAAGGCCAAUAAUGACACUGCAAAGGACCUCUUCAUCAAGCGCCUGAAUCAAUCAGACAUGUACUUCACAGACAAACCAAUCCCUGCCAACGAAUCAGACGAAAAUGCGUUUAACCUCUGCAGCUCUGAGGAAGGAGCGAAGAAGUAUUGUCCAAAACGCUGGGAAGCCAUGCAGAAGUGGAUUGCGGAAGCUAGGAAGGUGAUGGGUAUGUUGGAUCCUCAGACAAUAGACAUGUUUUAUUUUUCGGGCUCUAAAUACACCACACCAAACUGUCCAGUGGACAUGGCGCCAAACUUCAACCCGUCAAGCGGUGCACAGAGUUACUUGCGAAGUACAAAAGACUGUACCAGGAAUUCUCGUUACAGAAUUCCGUUUUUUCUCGAUAGGCCUGGACCCUUGUAUGAGGAAUGGACCGUCAACGCGCAUGAAGCGAGACCUGGACAUCACACUCAGGUCCAAGGCUUAAUCGAGCAUUUCCAAGACAGCUGUGGAGGUGUGAUUAGUUGGCUAGACACUAAUACCAGGUACACUGCCUUUUCAGAGGGUUGGGCAUUAUAUGCUGAGAACCCACUGAUUGCUCGCGACACAAACGUCUAUGAAAAGGAACCUCUUCAGAAAUACGGAAUGCUCAAAUGGCAGGUUUGGCGCGCUCUUCGCCUCAUUGUAGACACAGGAUUGCAUUACAAAGGUUUCUCAAGAGCUCAGGCGCUCCGUUACUUCGCCGACUACGCGUGGGAUACGAGUGACAUAGCUCAGAAAGAAGUCACAAGAUAUCAGAGCGAUCCUGGACAAGCAACUGCGUACAUGAUUGGUCAGCUUAAAAUUCUGGAGCUGCGAAAAUACGCCACUAAGGAACUCGGUGACGAUUUCAACCUUAAAGACUUUCACUUCUAUCUCUUAGCGCAAGGAUCUGCUCCAAUCAGCUUUCUGGAGGACAGUAUUCAUGAGUAUGUUCGAUGUGCAAAGGAAAAGGAACAAGAAGGUUGCGAUGCUGUUCUAAACCCUGUUGUUCCAGAGGAAGAGCAAGUCACUGAAUUUCUCGGGGUGAUUGGGCAAGAAAGCUUCGAGCCCAUAGAAAAACCCCCACGAGAGGAUUACAUAUAAACCUCCUUUCUAUCCAUAGUCGAUAAUAACGAUAAUAAUUCUGUUGUGAAAACGAUGACAAUGACUAUGGCGUGCGUGGGCGGUGACAUCGUAACAGAGACUGUUAGCUUCUAGAUGCAUUGUAUAGGCCUCGAUCGGAAGGAACGACAACUUAGUAAUAGUUGUCCAUUUGCGUGAACUAGA